AUGGUGCGGUCUACUUUGAAGGAUGCACAAGAUCUUAUCCAUGCUCUUUGGUCUGCCUAUUCUGCAACCCCGACAAAUCUCAAGAUUAUUGAUCAUUAUGUUGUGUUUGCUGUCUUCACUGCCCUCAUCCAGGUAGUUUACAUGGCUUUGGUGGGAACGUUUCCAUUUAACUCCUUCCUUUCAGGAGUUCUUUCUUGCAUAGGUACUGCAGUUCUGGCUGUUUGUCUGCGGAUCCAAGUGAAUAAAGAGAACAAGGAAUUCAAGGACUUUGCACCCGAGCGCGCUUUUGCGGAUUUUGUUUUCUCCAAUGUGGUGCUCCAUUUGGUGAUCAUGAACUUCCUUGGUUAG